AUGACAACCACCUUUUCUGGAAUGAUGGAUUCUAAGAUGGGAAACCUGACCUUCAAUGAUACUGAACGCAAUGACAAUGAUGCCAUACAUUUGGAGAGCAAAAUGUAUCUGCCUGGAUUUCUUGGGACCGUAAUCUACUCUUCAAUCAUUUUAAUCUGUAUUCCUGGGAUUAUUGGAAAUGGAGCUGUCAUCCACUUUUUGCGUUGCCAGAUUAAGAGGAGCCAUUUCACUGUGUACAUCCUUAAUUUGGCCGUGGCGGACAGCGUGACACUCCUAUUCCUAUUUAUCUCCGCAAUUCUGCACAUGGCGAUCAAAGAUACGCUGAUAGAAAUCACAGAAGUUUUAGUAUUCACUUAUUGCACUGGUCAACUUCUACUGACUAUCAUCAGCAUUGACCGGUGUUUGGCUCUCUUCUUCCCAAUUUGGCAUCGAUGCCAUCAGCCACCCUACCUCUCCACCAUACUCUGCGCCAUUGCAUGGAUCGUUUCUAUCCUCUUCUGUGGAAUUCAUUACACUCUGAUUUUGGUGAAACGCCGUCGGAAGUUCAGCCAAUUUUAUCACGUGUUCAUCUAUAUCGCAGCUUGCAUUCCACUCAUGAUUGUCUCCACACUGGCCCUCCUCAUCAAAGGCUACGUGAAAUCACAGAUGCAGAAACGAAGGAAGCUCCUCAUUGUCACCUUACUGUCCAUGUUUUUCUUCUUCAUCUUUUCUUUCCCACCAAUUGCCAUUUACGUUGUCAAUGUUCUUUCCAGUAACCAAUAUUUCAAUUUAAUUACACUGGACUACUUAUGUGCCUGUCUAAACAGCAGCGUUAAUCCGUUGAUCUAUUUUCUACUGGGGAGAAGGAAGGAACAUCAUUCUAUAUACAACCUAAAAGGAAAUCUCCAAACACUUUUCAAGGAGGAAGAAGAGAGCGAAGAGAAAUCAGAGGUCCGCUAG